ACUCCAAUGUUACACCCUGAUUAAAACGAUACCUCACAUCACUUCUGAAAUAUUAGACCAGUGAGGCUCAAUCGCUCAAAUCAACCUUCAUCUAAUACGCGCAAUACAAUACUUGGGAAUAAGGAAGGAAAUCUACUCACGAUGUACACGCUCACUCUAACGGCAGAAUUAAACGGGGUUACCGACCUCCGACCCAAGGACACUGCCGAAAGCCCGUUCUGGUAUACCUUCACGGUCCAGUGUACCUCGUGCCGGGAGACCCAUGGAAACCCGGUCGCGGUCAGCAGAUUUGAGACCAACGAGUUAAGCGGAAGUAGAGGAGAGGCCAACUUCGUGUGGAAGUGCAAGAAUUGCAAGCGAGAGUCCUCUUGCUCGAUCAAGACGGCGCCUAAGCCCUACGCGCAAGGCGAGCCGCCUAAGCAGCAGUCCAUCAUCGAGUUCGACUGUCGCGGCUUGGAGUUUACGGAUUUCACUCCCGAGGGGGAAUGGUUGGUAGACGGCAUCGAGUCGAAUACUAAGUUUGAAGGGGUUGAGCUGCAGGAGGGCGAGUGGUACGAGUAUGAUGAGAAGGCCGGGGAGGAAGUUAGCAUUAAGGAUUUGAAGUGGGAGAUCAAGAGGGCUUGAGAAGUUGCUGUUUUAGAUUACGUAGGUUGAGCCUUGGAAACCUAUAUGAAUCAAAUUAAGUGAAGACACGGCAUAGUGAUAGACGUGCUAUCCAAUGCGUUCUAGGUUAGCUCCUUGAUAUGAAGUUGC